AAUAGCCUGAUAUCAUAUUUCACAGACCUUUUGUUCUCGAGGCGAUCAAUAACUUGACUGACUGAGUAUUGCAAAAUAUAACCUAAACUUCCUCCUGUCACUUGAAGUAAUGAAGGUUUAUCAAAUUUUAAAAAAAUGUAUAUUUUAGAAUAGUGCAGUUGUUAAUGAAAUGUGUGUGGAUAUUUUGACCCCGUACACAAUAUUACGGCCAAUGUGCAUGUUUCGUAUGAAGAGGAGCUCAAGGUUAUUGUCUUGGAAAUAGUUCAACAGAUCCGGAAGGUGAAAUGAUAUGUCUACAAAACUCGACACUCCAUGGUAUUAUAUUGAGAUCAAGUUUUAUUAUCCCUUUAUGCAUUUUUGUGUAUUAAUGAAAUACCGAGGUUUACGUCAAGCUCCAUAGAUUCUAAUUUGCUUAUCUCAUUCUCCAUGGUUCAUAAAUGUAUAUAACAGCACAUGGAUUUCUUCAUGAUUUAUACACUAGUUUUAAAAGCACUUGGCGUUUGUUCUGAUUUUCUUUCAUGUCGGAUGACUGGACUUCCCUUCAUUUAUACUGAGCAACCCUUUUAAAAGAUGUGCACGGUAACGGCAUUUGAUUAUAGCUAUAUCGAGCUGGAAGAAACCUUGUAGUUGGCAAUUCUGAGAAAAUAGUUUCAUGUCAAUUAUAUGCCGAUGUACACAGUCUUUUUUAAGGUAUUUCUUCAUUUCAAAUCCACUUAGUAGACAGAAGAUGGCCACCGGAGGGGAGCAUAACUACCACCAAAAUAUACAAAAUCUGUACAAAGAAUGUGUUACUCCCGUUUUAAAGACAUUGCUACUGCAAAGGGUAAAAGAGCUCAAAGAACCAAAUCAACCAGACGAAAAAUGGACUGUUAACCUGUUCUUACAUAAACACAAAAGGCAAAUAUUUCCAUGUUUAAGGAAUGAACAUUUAGAAGAUGUGCUCUACCCUUUCGAAGAACCUACUAAUAUGGACAAUUGGGAUUUUACUGCAUAUGUGCUUGUUCUUCUACAGGUGUGUAAGCUAAGUGAAAAUCUACAGCAAGAUCUAAUAAAUUUGGACGAACUUGCGAAAAAGAUACAGUUGAAUCCAAACAAUAAACUGUCAGAGGGGAUUUACUACGCCUAUCAGGACCGCAUACGAUGUCGCAUUACUCAAAUUUGUCAAAGUUUGGAUGAUGGAGGAAAUAGCCAUAAUAUAUUAUCAAGAUUUGAAGAAGUACGUCCACUGAUUUCAAGAAGCAAAUACCCAAAUGGUUUCGCUCAGAAAUUUGAAAAGGAUGUUCAAGUCGUUAGUCAGUGUGAUUCCGAUGCAAUAACAUAUUUGGAAUGGAUCGAAGACAGAUUAAAGAGAAUUGAAGUAAAUCCGCUAGUACCAGAACUUGAGGUUGUUGUUAUUCUGAAGCACUACAAUGAAAGCGAUGAGCAAAGCGUGUCAAGGUACAUCGAAACUGCUUUCAUGGAAGCCGUUAAGAAGUAUGACGUUGCUGUUUCCACUUCUAUAGAUGAGAAAGGAUUUAACCCUGAUCAAGUAGAUGAGGCAGUCUUUGAGUCUGCAGAUGUGAUGGACGAAAUACAAUUCUAUGUCAAAAGAUUGUUCGAAGGACAACAAAGAGUAACGUCAGUGACAAGAGGAUGUGUGAAACUCAAGAUUCAAUGCGAAACAGUCAGGGUAGUAAUUGAUUUGUUUGAAAAGAGCAUAAAUGGACUCCUUACUUUCAACCUAGCGACGUUGGAGGAUAAAAUACGGCUGAUCCAAGGACAUGAGCUGUUUGAUAUUUACGUUGGUGUUACGAGAGAAAGCUGCUGGAAACUGGUCAACGAAUUGAAGACUGUCGCAUUCGGAGGAUACAUACAAGGAAGACUUCAUGAGAAGCUGACAAUUAAUCACAAACGGAUUGAAGAUGGACAGAAGAUAGUAAUAAAAUCCAGACCCACCACAGUGACUAGCGUGCAGGAUCUUCGUCGCAUCAUUUCUUCUAACGAGAGAGUGCAAACAUGCAGAAAAUUGAGUGAACUUCUAACGAGGCAGCUGCCAUUAGGUGAAGGAACAAUCAACGUGUCUUUGAAAGUCAUACCAGACAUUGAGGUCAAAUCAAAAUAUAAUCCUGACUUCAGUGAUUGGAAAGAAGACGAAACAUUGGACACCAUGGCAGACACAAAGAAGAAUUACUUCAAAAGCCUGCACCAUGUAUAUCCCAAACGAGUUGUUUCAGAGUUGGGUAGCAAAUCAGUUGACAUAAUUAAUGAGGAUUCAAGUUAUCAUCCCCUCCAUACUUAUCCAAAAACACCGCUUCAUUUUGGGAGCGAGACGACUGAAAUCAGCAAGAGGAUGCACAUGAAAUUGCCAAGGCAAAAAGACGAGAUGAAGCAAGAACUAGAGCGGCUAGCCAUCCUUCCUGACACGCUCGACCUAGAACUAGAUCGACUACUCAUUCGAGAGCAGACAGCUUGGCCCUAUGCGGCAGAUCAGGAUCUGGGUGUGAAGAUUCUGACGAACCCGGAAUUCUCCUCACGGAACAAGCAUAAAGAAUUGGUGAAAGAGAUUCGAGCCUUUAAAUCAAAGUAUGAACCAGACUCUAUCAAGUUGAAAGAGGACAAAACCGAGCCCACUGUUGCUCUGACCCUCAAGAAAUUAGGGGAAAUGGAACUGCUGGGAACAGACGGGCACGGGGAGUUCUGUUCCAUAUCCGGGAUGACUGUUGUAGGGGACAGGUUCCUGGUGGCCGCAGAUUAUGCGGGAAAUUGUGUGCGAUGUUUUGAUAUGGAUAGUGGGAAACAACAAGUAAGGUGGUAUGAUAGUAAACUUCUACCUUGUGGUAUAACGACAAUACCUGGUAAUCGUGUGGCAGUGACUUCACGCAAUGAAGUAUGGUUUUUACGUGUGACUGAAAAGGGGGACCUGUUGUUUGAAAAUAAAAUAAAUGCUAAAGAACGUUGCUAUGCAAUAGCAUCCAGUGGUGACAAUUUGAUUGUUUGUUACGUGUUUCCUGAUCCUGGAGUACAAAUACUGGAUAUGAAAGGAAACGUGAUAAAGAAGUUUGAGAAAGACGAUGACGGUGAGAAACUGUUCAAAUGGCCUGCUUCCCUUGCAGUAAGCCCUGACCAGAGCAUCAUAUACAUCGCUGACUGUAUAAUAAAUACGGUGACUUCCCUCACCCAGGAUGGCCGUAUUGUCGGAGUUGUGAAUGUAAAGUUAAAUCAACAUGACGGAUCAAGAAUGACUGUGGACUCUGCAGGUCGAGUUUACGUGUGUGGAUACGAUACUGUUUGUCUGGUGUCCCCUGAGACAAGAACCGUCAUCCCGCUACUGGGGUAUGAGGGCGGGUUCUGUGUGGCGCUCUGUGAUAAAACACAACGUCUGUACUUGUCGCCGUUAUGGAACUGCAAUGCAAUUCAAGUGUUCGAAAUGCCAAAACACACUACGGCGUGACAAUAUAAGGUAGUAUGAGACUUAGACGUUGCACGAACUGUUUCUAGUUUAAAAAUACAAAAAAAUAAUCAAUUUAUAAUGAUUGUUGUCCAUUAUGUCAUAUGCAAAACAUCUUAAAACUUUUAUUUGUAACAGUUCAUUUAAUCCAACUUUAAAACAAAACAAUUCGAGUGCGAUGACAUAGAAAAGGAACACCCUGUGUAUAAACAAAACAACUUAUAUAAAAGUGUGUAUAGCUUUGUAUGUGUUUGUCUUUGAAAUCAAAACGAAUGUUGUAUUUGAUAUAUUUGUAUUAUGAACACCAAUGUUGUUCUUUUUAACACUAAUGCAUCUGAAUACCAGGGUAUAGGUCAAAUGUUUGUGUCUGUUUCUACAAUAUAGUGGUUUAUUCAGUUUAAUAAUACUUUUGUGCAUAUCUUAAUGAGAUCCUUCAAAUUCUGCUUUCAUUUUGCUUAUACUUUGUUCUGCUCGACUGUGGAAAAAAGUCGGGGUAUCGUCACAGCUUUGGUAGGGACGUCGAAAUUACCGUCGUCUAUAUGUUUUGGCAAUUGCUCAGAAGCCAUUUAAGUAAAGGCUACUUUCACAAGUAUUUUGUAUCAAUUCACAUUUAUGCUCGAUCUUGGUACCACUAUGGGUUCCGGUGCCUCUCCUACCCCCCCCCCACACACACACACACCCACCCCCACACCCUUAAAUCUUCCAAGUGCAAAUUUUAUUUCAAUAAAGGAGAAAAAAGUAAUUAAAAAUACACCCAUAAUGCACCACUUCGGACUAGAAAUUGUUUAAAUAUUCUUGGGGGUACCCUAAACCCCCCCCCCCACCCCACCAACACUUCAGACCGUAUAAAAUUAUGUUCUGAGGGAGAGGCGAAUGUCAAAAGUGUACCCAUAAGUACACUCCCUCUAACGUUGAAUCCUGAACCACCCGCUCCUGGGUACAUUAGUUUUAAAGUUUUGCUUCUUGGUAAAUGAGAAGCACAGACGAGCGUAAGUAUUCGCUAGCAGUUCAUCUUAUGAACAUAAUUCAACAACAUUUCUGUUUAAGGUUAUGUAUGUAAAUGAAUGCAAAUAUGUUAUAUAUCCAUUGUGCAUGUAAUGUGCGUCAUAAAUGGAUUUACGCUUUUUGGGAUGAAACUUUGAUAAAGAAAAUAAGCAUCUGUAUAUUGUGAAUGAUCAUUUACUUCUGUAUGAUUGUUAAUGAAAAUUAACUUCUGUAUGAUAAGUUUUGAGUUUUGGAUGAUAGUAAACUUCUGUUUUAUUUUGAAUGAUAAUGUACUUCUGUAUAUAUUGAAUGAUUAUGUAAUUUUGUAUAAUUCUGAAUGAUUUUGUACUUGAGUAUUAUCUUAAAGAUAGUAUACUUCUGUAUAAUUUUAAAUGAUUACGCACUCUAGUAUAAUUUAAAAUUAUUUUGUACUUCUGUAUAUUUUUGAAUUAUAGUAUACUUCUGUAUAUUUUUUUACGAUUACUUCUUUCUGUAUAAUUUUGAAUGAAAAUGUACUUCUUGACAAUUUUGAACGACAGAAUACUUCUGUAUAAUUUUGAAUGAAAGUAUACUUCUGUAUAAUUUUGAAUGAAAGUAUACUUCUGUAUAAUUUUGAAUGAUAAUGUACUUCUUUAUAUAUUGAAUGAUUAUGUAAUUCUGUAUUUAUAUAUAUAAUUCUGAAUGAUUUUGAACUUGAGUAUUAUUUUAACGAUAGUAUACUUCUGUAUAAUGUUGAAUGAUAAUGUACGUCUUGAGAAUUUUGAAUUAUAGUAUACUUCUGUAUAAGUUUAAAUGAUUAAAUACUGAAAAAGAAAAAAAAGAUUAAAUACUUAAGAAUACUUCUGAAUGGAUAUGUACUUCACUAUAUUUUUUUAUUUAAUGAUGGUAUAAUUUUGAUAUUUUUGAACAAUAAGUAACUUCUGUAUAAUUAUGAAUGAUAGUUUACUUCUGUAUAAUUUUGAAUGAUAGUAUACUUCUGUAAAAUUUUGAAUGAUUGUAUACUUCUGUAUAAUUUUAAAUGAUAGUUUACUUCUGUAUCAUUUUGAAUGAUAGUUUAUUUCUGUAUAAUUUUGAAUGAUUGUAUACUUCUGUAUAAUUUGGGCGAUAAUUUACUUCUGUGAAAUGUUGAAUGAUAGUUUACUUCUGUUAACUGCUGUUUAAUUUUAAUGAUAAUGCACAUCUGUAUAAUUUAAUUUGAACGAUAAUAUACUUAUCUUAAUGCUGUAUGAUAAUGUACAUCUGUAUAAUUUGAACGAUAAUAUACUUAUCUUAUUGCUGUAUGAUAAUGUACAUCUGUAUACUGUUGUAUGAUAAUAAAGAUUUAUACAAUGAAGGAAUGAAUUGCGGGAUUUGAUGUCAUUAUCGGGGUAUGAACUAAAUUGGGCUGGUCUAAGUGUAUGGAGUCCGAAGGACUCCACGAGUACUUUGACCAGCCCAAUUGCGUUCAUAUCCUCGAUAAUGACAUCAACCCCGCAAUUCAUUCCUUAUAUUUACACCAAUAGUUCAAUAUUUUAUUCAAGAAACGUUAAAAAAAUACUUCAUUUCAUUUCGGAUUACCUUUCAGUAAUCCUUUCUUACCCAUUCUGUAAAUAGGACGACCCGACUGUUACCGGAAACAUUUUUUUUUCAAAUGACGUCACAUUAACGCGGGAAAAGAUCAAACACUUGAAAUCACUUUUAAACGUAAAAUUGAAACACUUUUGGCAACAAAACGUUUAAAAUAUAAUAACUUAGCAAUUUCUAAAAUGUUAAUUUAUAUUUUACGAGACCUGCUGACACAAUACAAACAACAACAAGAUCAAUAGUUUUCAUGUAUAUUGUUAUGCGAUGAAUUGCGAUCCGAACACAUCCGAAGAUGUUGCGUUCAUCGAUUGAUGAACGCAAUUGCCGAAAGGCAGUUCAUUUAAGGAAUGGAAGUUGAGGUGUAAAUAUUGUUGUAUGAUAACGUUAUUGUAUAUAUAAGUAUGUAUCAUGAUAAGUGUAUGUAAAGGUAUGCAUGUAUGCUAUGUUUGUAUGAUAAAGUAUGAAGUGUU